AAGAAAAAAAAAAAAGAAAAGAAAAAUGUCAUACUCUCGUUGUUAACUCGAGCUCGCCAUUUUUCCGCCACAUCGUAUCGGUCGCUACCUCUCAUUCUCUCUGGAUACCAUUUUAGCCUCUCUCUCUCUCUCUCAACAGUUAGGGAACUAGCUUUUCUGUGAUUUGUGAAUGGCGGGGAAGGUAAUGCAUGCGGUUCAGUACGAAAGCUAUGGUGGUGGAGCAGCAGGUUUAAAGCAUGUUGAAGUUCCGAUCCCCACUCCGAGCAAGGGUGAAGUCCUGCUAAAGUUUGAAGCUAUAACCUUAAAUCCUGUUGAUUGGAAAACUCAGAAAGGCAUGAUUCGGCCUCUUCUUCCUCGGAAGUUCCCUCACAUUCCUGCCACUGAUGUUGCUGGAGAGGUCACAGAGGUCGGACCUGGAGUGACGAACUUCAAACCGGGCGACAAAGUUGUUGCGUUGCUGAAUCACUUUGCUGGAGGCGGUCUGUCUGAAUACGGAGUGGCCAAGGAAAAUUUGACAGUUCAGAGGCCUCCCGAAGUGUCAGCUGCUGAAGGCGCAGGCCUUCCCGUAGCAGGCCUUACAGCUCACCAGGCUCUCACGCAGUCGGCCGGGCUUAAACUCGACGGAAGUGGGGCCCAGAAGAACAUUCUUAUCACAGCCGCCUCGGGUGGCGUCGGCCAUUACGCCGUCCAGCUGGCGAAGCUGGGGAACGCGCACGUGACAGCCACCUGUGGCGCCCGCAACAUCGACCUAGUGAAGAGCCUCGGAGCAGACGAGGUCCUCGACUACAAGACCCCGGAGGGAGCCGCUCUCACGAGCCCCUCGGGCAAGAAGUACGACGCGGUGGUUCACUGCGCGCCGCCCAUCCCUUGGUCCGUCUUCGAGCCGAACCUGAGCUCGAACGGGAAGGUGAUCGACGUCACCCCCGGCGUCAGCUCGAUGCUCACUUUUGCUGUGAAGAAACUCACAUUCUCUAAGAAGCAGCUGGUGCCAAUACUCCUCAUCCCCAAGGGCGAGAACCUGCAGUAUCUUGUCGAUUUAGUGAGACAAGGGAAGCUCAAGUCGGUCAUCGACUCGAGAACCCCUCUGAGCAAGGCAGGCGACGCUUGGACGAAGAGCAUCGACGGCCACGCCACCGGGAAAAUCGUCGUCGAGCCGUAGUAGAAACUCGGUGGCUCAAAACCAGGUCCUUUGAAGUCAUUCAAAACUCAAAUCCAGAACCUAAAAGUAAACAAGGACAAUGGAGAAAAGUUGAAGACAGAGACAAGAUGCCUCCCACUACCAUUACAAGAAAAAAGCAGUUGUGAGCUCAAUCGGAAUGCAUUAGCUGCAACACUGAUAUGGAGCGAAAGGGCAUCGACAAGCGUGGUGGGUUCGCAGCGAGUUCCUGAGACACCUCCUUCAUAGACGGCCGCGAUUUCGGAUCAGAACUUAUGCAUUUGAGAGCUAUUUUCACCACUCCAACAAUUUCCCUGGACACUCUUACAUCUUCAUCUGGAGAUGCUAGUCUCUUGUCCAGGAGUUGUUGCACCAUCAAGUUUCGAGCAAACGGUGCGGAUGAGGAUGAUCCCUUCAUCGUGGUCACGGAGGAUACGAAAUCCCCUGGGUGGUCCCCACACACGAUUUCCAGUGCCAGAACUCCGAAGCUGUACACAUCGCAUUUCUCUGUAACCACCAUGGUAAAGGCUAGUUCUGCAAGCAGCAAACAUAUCUAUCAUGAAAAUUGAUGGGGGGAAAAUGUGUAUUAAUUCAUCCAAGCUGUGUUUAUGGAUACCUGGCGCGAUAUAGCCGCGAGUUCCGACUA